AUGUAUAAAUGCAUGGAUGUUAAUCGUUUUCAUUUCAUUGAAGGUGAUACUGAUUCAUCUUAUUGGGCAAUCGCUGGCGAUCCAAGUCUUCCUAACACUCAAGCAUUUCAAGCAAUUGUAACCGAUAAACAAUUUUAUGAUAAAAACAUUUUCAAAUUCGCACCAUUUGAUUUCUUCUGUUUUGAUGAGAAAUUUAAACCUAUAUUAAAGAAUAAAGCUGAAGAAAAAGCACAUGAGAAGAAGUUAUUGGGUUUAGCAAUUGAGAAACAAGGCGAUAACAUGGUUGCUUUAUGCCCUAAGUGUUAUACAUCAUUCAACGGUUCAAUUGAUGGAAGUGAUUUUAAAAAGAUUGCACAAAAAAUGAAAGGUGUUAGUUUACGACAAAAUAAACAAUUAACACCUAAAAAUUAUUUGGAUAUAAUAAAUGAUAAAGUGAUAUUUGAUGGUCAAAAUAUUAAUUUACAACUUAAAAACGGGUCAAUGACUCGCUUAACAAUCGGUAAAACUGCAUUAACAGGAGCACACACUAAGGCUGUAUGUUGUGAAAAUGGAUGUUGUAUGCCAUUUAUUUAA